AUGUUUGUUUCUUAGAGGGUCCCGGAUUCUCGCGGAAUGAUAUCCGCGGGCUGUGAGGAGGGGAAGGUUCCUCAGUGAGAGUGAGGAGAGGAGAGGAGAGGAGAUGAACAGAUUUCUGAGGAAGACUAACUAUAAACUCCGCGGCAGUUUGUCUGCGGUGUGAUCUGUGAUCGUCCUGCGGGGGGCGCUGUCUUCGCGCUCUAUAAAAGCAGCGCGCUCCGCGGCUCCGCUCAGACUCUUUCUGAGGAGCUUCUGUUUCUGUGUGAGGAUUAAAGAUGCGCUGCUCUCUGACCUGCAGACCUGCUGAGCUCCACGCGGCCAGCACCAGCAAACAGACUUGCAGCAGUGUGUGUGGAGCCAGCGCUGUGGCCAUUGACAACAAAAUAGAGCAGGCGAUGGACCUGGUGAAGGGUCACCUUAUGCUGGCGGUGAGGGAGGAGGUGGAGGUGCUGAAGGAGCGGAUUAAGGAACUCUGGGAGAGAAACUCUGAGCUGCGGCGAGAAAACACUCUGCUGAAGUCCCUCGCUAACCUCCAGCAGCUGCAGACGCUCUCCGCCCACCUGAGCACCCCCCAGAGCGCCCCCCAGAGCCCACAGCUGGACCAACAGGCACAGCUGGCAGAGUGGGCACGGCAGGUACAGCGGGCACAGAUAGCAGAGUGGGCAUGGCGGGUACAGUGGGUGCAGCAGGUACAGAUGGCGGAGUGGACGCAGCUGGCGGUGCCGACCUCACCGAACGGCAACAGCGCGGCCCUGAUUCACCACAGCAUGACCUCCGUGUAAAAACCCACAAAUAAACGCCUGUAAAGAUGUUUUCAGAUGUCUCAGCAUUUCUGCUGUCAGACGUUCCCCAGCAGUCCUGCUGCAGACGGUUCUCCAGCUUCAGGGAACCAGACCAGACAUAACACUGCCUUCCAAGAGAGAGAGAGAGAGAGAGAGAGAGACAUAGGGAUAGUGAGGAACUGAGAAGUUGUCCGUUGGCACCCCCUGCUGGCCGCUCUCCUGCUGAGUGAUGGCGGAGUUGGUCAUUUUUCCUCCGCUGAUGUUCGGACAGUCAGAUGAUGGAAAGAUGGACAGAUAGAAAACAGAUGAUGGAGGUGAAUGUUUACCUGUUUUUUCAAAGCCAUUAUUCAAUUCAUAAAUGUUCAGACACUUUCAUUUAUUAUAUUUUAAUGUUUGCGUUGAUUUUAUUACACGGCUGCUAUUUUCAUAAUGUAAAUAUAAAACAUGAAUUGUGUGUGUUAUAAAGGAACUGUGUGGUUCUGUUGUGUAGUGUUUAUAACACUGAACUGAAUGUACUUUAGUUUAUAAAGGAGGAGCUUUAAUGUUUUACACACUUACCCUGAUCCUCAUAUUAAAAUGAAUAUAAACUCUUUUGGUGACAGAGAGAAAAGCUGUGAAACUUAUUUUUAACCAAAGAUGAAACACUGUGUAAUUUAUUUUUCUUUACAUGUUUGUUUGCUGUAUUUUUUAUGGUUUCAAGUCAAAAAACGUUUUAUUCUUCGGCAGAUUUUGGGAAUUGUGUGGAUUUUGGUGAAGGGAAAACGUCUCUAUACACUUUCACUUUAAAUCUUAAGCAGAGAAAGAUUUUGUUAAAUUAUAACAGAAAUAAUAAUAAUAAUAAUAAUAAUUAAUUGUUUACAUGAAAAACACAAACUGAAUUUCCUUCAUCGUUACAGAAAUGAUCACCUGAUCAGCUCUAAUGGUUCUUUACUGGAGCUUCUUGUUUUAGAAGGAAAUUGAUUAAUAAUGAAUAAUUAAUAAUAAACAUCUUUGAGAAAAUGUUCAGAAUGUCUCUGUAA